AUGAUCUGCAGAAACCUGUUAGGGUCAGAGGAGUUCUCUGAGGAGGAGCUGGAGCUGUGCAUGCUGGGUCAGGGGGAGGAUAACGAAGGGAGCGACGGAAACCCCAAGGACAGUGAGGGCUCAGCCAGCAGCCCCCCCAGCGACGAUCCUGAGGAGGGCCAGGCCAAGAAGCGCAGCCGCCCAGUCCGCUCCAAGGCCCGCCGUGUGGCUGCCAACGUCCGUGAGCGCAAACGCAUCCUGGACUACAACCAGGCCUUCAAUGCUCUACGUGUGGCUCUCAACCACGACCUUAGCGGCAAGAGGCUCUCCAAGAUUUCCACCCUGCAGAGGGCCAUCAACCGCAUCUCAGCCCUGUCUGUCUUCCUCAACUCCAACCCCCCCAGUAAGCCCUGCUCCCACCGGGAGUGCCACAGGCCGGCUGGGGGGCCAUUGGCGGAGCCCCAAAGCUACAUCUCCUGGCACCAGGCAUCACUCCCCCACCAGAUAGAGCCCCAGCAGGGCACCCAUCCUCACAGGCUGCCAACAGAGACACACCUCUACAUGGACAGCAUGGGCUCCUCGUGUCCACCCUCACCACACUACCCCUGCUACUCCACCGAGGGCCAGUUGUACCCCUUACACGGACACUGUGGGAAAGAGAACCCCUUGGAGCAGCUGCCCAGCUCUAUCAGGUACACCCAGGUGGGCGAGGGGAUGGGGUACCAGAAGGGGGUGUGGGCCUCCUGCGCUCAGGGCUACAUGGAUGCGUUUGUGGACCCGUCUCCAGCCUUGGGCCUCCCCUGGCAGGUGAGCUACCUCCAGGAGACAGCAAGCCCCCAGCACAACCUGUCCCUGCUCUGA